AUCGGACAUAGCAUCUGAACUGUUCUCCGAGAGCCAGUGUGUCGCGAGCAGACCAUCUGACACGGUCUACAGUCCGGUAGUCUAAUUAGGCGUGUGAUUGGUGCCGGUCAACAGGAGACUCUUAAGUGAAUUGUUGUGUUGCAGCCGCCUCUUGAAUAACAAUUACAACUGUUGUGUAACUCGUGAGUUACCGUUAAAACUGUUUCGUGUCUGUGUGUGUGUGUGUGUACAUUUUUUUAGUUGAAUACAAAUUAAUAAUAAUAACUUUGACAUUAAAAACCGUUCGGAAAAGUGAUUUUAGGCUAGUUGAAAUCACUUAAAUCACAUACCUUUUUUGAUAAUACAAUUAAGAAUUUUGAACCCAAUCUUGACUUGUGUACAUUGUAAAUAUAGUCAGUGUAAGUUAUUCCUGAAAAUAAUAGUUAAUUAUAAAAAUAAAAAAACCUCUAGCUCUACUUAAAAAAGCUGAAUCAAGUUUGUAGAAUUGCUGGAGGAUCACCGACGCUUUUGGUAUGAAGAUGCAUGAAAGACUGGAACCUGUUGUGUCGGAAUGUGGUGACGAGUGGAAGAUUCAGUGGUCUACGGAUGGAACUCGUAAAAACACAAAACGGAAUAAAGUCCGUAGAAGUAAAAGUCUGCCUCAAGAGGUUGUAGGGUUCCCUCCAAACAGACACGGACACAGGCCCCAGCGGUGCGCGACCAGCCCAGAGCUCUCGGGCAACUCAUCCAGCGGCAGACAAGUGAAACACAUCUUGAAGUUCGUCACCAAGUUGGGUAGUCUGAGGGCGAGGAGGGCAGACAACGUGUUUUCUACCAGGCGUCUGCAGUUUACCGACGAGCUCCGUGGAGGCUGCCGCGUAGAGAGGUGUUACAUCAUAUCUGCGACUUGGAGGGCGGAGUGGGUGUUUGGUCCUGAGUAUUCGGAGAGUGGAGGCGGGCUGUGCGGUGAGGGUGAAGUGCGGUCAGCAGUGGGAGGCGGCAGUGUGCGGAUACAUCACCUCACAGGUGUCUCUCCUGAGGGUCUGUCCCGCUUCCCCAAGCUGGAGGAGUGUGCACACUUCCACUACGAGCAUGUCGAGCUAGGACCUAUCCAGGUGUCGGUGUGCGACGAGGAGUCACUUCGAGCAGCCUCGGAGACAGACAAGGCAGUGACAGUCCGUGUGACCAGCGGGGCUCAGACAUGGCUGUUGCGGCGGACCUACGACAACUUCCGCAUGCUGGACCAGCAGCUCCACCGCUGUAUCUACGACCGCAAGUUCAGCAAUCUGGUCGAACUUCCCGAGGCACCGCCGGACUCACAGGUACAGUAUAACGUCUGUCUAUCUCUCACUCACAUACGAGAUCGCAACUUCCGCAUGCUGGACCAGCAGCUCCACCGCUGUAUCUACGACCGCAAGUUCAGCAAUCUGGUCGAACUUCCCGAGGCACCGCCGGACUCACAGGUACAGUAUAACGUCUGUCUAUCUCUCACUCACAUACGAGAUCGCAACUUCCGCAUGCUGGACCAGCAGCUCCACCGCUGUAUCUACGACCGCAAGUUCAGCAAUCUGGUCGAACUUCCCGAGGCACCGCCGGACUCACAGGUACAGUAUAACGUCUGUCUAUCUCUCACUCACAUACGAGAUCGCAACUUCCGCAUGCUGGACCAGCAGCUCCACCGCUGUAUCUACGACCGCAAGUUCAGCAAUCUGGUCGAACUUCCCGAGGCACCGCCGGACUCACAGGUACAGUAUAACGUCUGUCUAUCUCUCACUCACAUACGAGAUCGCAACUUCCGCAUGCUGGACCAGCAGCUCCACCGCUGUAUCUACGACCGCAAGUUCAGCAAUCUGGUCGAACUUCCCGAGGCACCGCCGGACUCACAGGUACAGUAUAACGUCUGUCUAUCUCUCACUCACAUACGAGAUCGCAACUUCCGCAUGCUGGACCAGCAGCUCCACCGCUGUAUCUACGACCGCAAGUUCAGCAAUCUGGUCGAACUUCCCGAGGCACCGCCGGACUCACAGGUACAGUAUAACGUCUGUCUAUCUCUCACUCACAUACGAGAUCGCAACUUCCGCAUGCUGGACCAGCAGCUCCACCGCUGUAUCUACGACUGCAAGUUCAGCAAUCUGGUCGAACUUCCCGAGGCACCGCCGGAAUCACAGGUACAGUAUAACGUCUGUCUAUCUCUCACUCACAUACGAGAUCGCAACUUCCGCAUGCUGGACCAGCAGCUCCACCGCUGUAUCUACGACCGCAAGUUCAGCAAUCUGGUCGAACUUCCCGAGGCACCGCCGGACUCACAGGUACAGUAUAACGUCUGUCUAUCUCUCACUCACAUACGAGAUCGCAACUUCCGCAUGCUGGACCAGCAGCUCCACCACUGUAUCUACGACCGCAAGUUCAGCAAUCUGGUCGAACUUCCCGAGGCACCGCCGGACUCACAGGUACAGUAUAACGUCUGUCUAUCUCUCACUCACAUACGAGAUCGCAACUUCCGCAUGCUGGACCAGCAGCUCCACCGCUGUAUCUACGACCGCAAGUUCAGCAAUCUGGUCGAACUUCCCGAGGCACCGCCGGACUCACAGGUACAGUAUAACGUCUGUCUAUCUCUCACUCACAUACGAGAUCGCAACUUCCGCAUGCUGGACCAGCAGCUCCACCGCUGUAUCUACGACUGCAAGUUCAGCAAUCUGGUCGAACUUCCCGAGGCACCGCCGGACUCACAGGUACAGUAUAACGUCUGUCUAUCUCUCACUCACAUACGAGAUCGCAACUUCCGCAUGCUGGACCAGCAGCUCCACCGCUGUAUCUACGACUGCAAGUUCAGCAAUCUGGUCGAACUUCCCGAGGCACCGCCGGAUUCACAGGUACAGUAUAACGUCUGUCUAUCUCUCACUCACAUACGAGAUCGCAACUUCCGCAUGCUGGACCAGCAGCUCCACCACUGUAUCUACGACCGCAAGUUCAGCAAUCUGGUCGAACUUCCCGAGGCACCGCCGGACUCACAGGAAAACGUGGAGAAGUUGUUGUCUUCAUAUGUGAACCGACUGUCUACAAUCGCGGGCAGCCUGAUGAACUGUGGGCCGGUGCUGAGUUGGCUGGAGUUGGAUAAUCGUGGUCGCCGUCUGCUGGUCACAGAAGGUGACAACUGUCCGAUCAACACGCCUGCUGUUGCUGCUGCUUACAGUAUCAAGAAGUAUACUGCAGUUGCUGCCGACGAGAUAUCCUUCGAUAUCGGAGACAUGAUCUCGGUGAUAGACAUGCCACCCCCGGAAGAAAGUGCAUGGUGGAGGGGCAAGCGGGGAUUUCUUGUGGGAUUUUUCCCAUCACACUGUGUCGCUGUCAUCACAGACAAACUGCCUCGCAACCUCAAUCUCCACCAGUCCCUCACACUCUCCGGCCCCACCAAGCCUGUCCUCAGGAAGCACGGUAAGCUGAUAGCAUUCUUCAGAGCCUUCAUUCUUUCUCGACCGAGCCGACGCAGACUGAAGCAGUCUGGGAUACUGAGGGAGCGGGUGUUCGGCUGUGACCUGGGCGAACACUUGCUCAACAGUGGACACGACAUUCCAAUGGUGCUGAAGUGCUGUUCAGAGUUUAUUGAGAGUCACGGCAUGGUGGACGGCAUCUACCGGCUGUCUGGAGUCACGUCCAACAUCCAGAAGCUCAGAAGGACAUUUGAUGAGGAUCGGGUGCCAGCACUGUAUGAAGAUGAGGCCAUCCUGCAGGACAUUCAUAGCGUGGCAUCGCUGCUGAAGAUGUAUUUUCGAGAGCUGCCCAACCCCCUCUGUACCUACCAGCUGUACGAUGCCUUCGUGUCAGCUGUGCAGGCUGACCGAGCCACCGAUGACAGACUACUGCACAUGAGAGCGGCCGUGGAGAAACUGCCCCCUCCCCACUACAGGACACUGGAAUACCUGAUGCGGCACCUGGCUCGUGUCUCAGAGAAAGGUCAGCAGACAGGUAUGACUGCGAGGAACAUCGCAAUCGUGUGGGCACCGAACCUCCUGCGAUGUAAAGAGCUGGAGGUGGGCGGGGUGGCAGCCCUGCAGGGUGUAGGGGUGCAGGCAGUUGUCACAGAGUUCCUCAUCGUGUAUGCGGACCUUAUAUUCUGUACGGCACCGCUUCCACUGGCCGCCUCUUUGCCAUCUCAAGUUACUCCCAAGCGAGUGAGGCCCAAGUCCCUGGCUAUCUCCACACCUACCAAGCUGCUGUCCCUGGAGGAGGCUCAGAGCAGAGCCUUGGCAGCAGGCAAGCCUGACCAGGACUACAUAGAAGUUGGGGGAGGACCGUCUUGCUUGCCGGCCAAGUACCACACUGUGAUAGAGCUGCCUCGCAAGCGAGCGGGUGCCAAGCGAUCUCCCCUCGGCUGGAAGUCUUUCUUCAGCAAGUCCAGUCGUCACAGCGGCUCCAUCUCGGGCCACAAGAGCAGAGCUCAGGUGGCUGAGCAACGCAAGACUUCCAUACCAUCAGACAUGGUCUUUGGUCAUGAGAAGGCACUGACAGAAUCGGACCUGACAAGUGGGCGGCGACGACUGCGGCCGGUGAAGUCUGCAGAGUCACUGGCGUCGGGGCAGAGCUCCGCACGAUCUUCUGGCUGCCUGGAGCCACCCUCCCCACCAGCACCCCCGCACACAGUUCCCCCUGGCCACAACCGCAGUGUCAGCCACGACUCCUACUUCGACACUCUGGCUGAUAACACUCGGCCCACCAUCACUGCCACUGGGAGUGCUGCUCUGCUGCCUGAAGAGGAUGAAGAGGGUCUGUCUCUUUCCCUAGACCUCAGCGAGCUGCAGGUCAACUUUGACCUCGAGGAGUCCGAGAUGAGGAUAUUCUCAGAGGACGAGACCAACCAGCUGUUCAGCAGUCACAACAGUCUCGACAAUCAGGUCGGAAAGAGACAACCACUACUAGCCCGAGCUGAGGACUCAUCAGCCGAUCCGUCGCCCAAGAAACACAAAACUGGGAACAACUCGUCCACCAACCGCAGUAAGCGAUCCAGACUGGAGGAGAGAUUGUCAAACGCAGAACUGAGAUACAUUGAUAGUGGCUCUCCCGAUCAGGUCUACGCGCGCGUGGACGUGCAUGGAGAGGAUUCUCGCAGCCCCUCACUGGCCGAGGCUACUGUCUCGGAGAACGAGAGUCUCACUCUGUCAGGUCUGACCACCCCAGACACCCCCACCCCUCGUCCCCACUACACCCCCCUCACCGAGGACAGUCUCAGCGAGGUCACCACCCCUGAAUACCGCAAGCUCACCCCUUCCCCCUCUCACGGCUACGAGAACCUGCCGCGUGAUCGCCUCAGCUUUCCCAACGAAAGAAUCCGGCCUCGUUACGAGAAUGUUGCUCGCGACCGACUGAGCUUCCAAGGUGUUCUGAAAAAUGGAGAUCUGGGCCUGUGCGAAAAGCAGUACACACAAGCCAACAACGAGAUCCAAUAUGAAAAUCUCAAUGGAGAGAAUUUCACUAGGAUCGAUUGCAACAUGGCCACCGAAAUUAUGGAUGCCGUCAUGUCAGACUCAAAGAUGAAAGAAGAAGAAGAAGUGAAGUAUGAGGAAAUUAAAGAGAGUUCUAUUUAUGAGUCUGUGGAUAAUGAAAAGAAAGAAAUGAAUUUUUACGAGAAUGUAUCGACACCUUUAGAAGAUGAUUCAGAAAUUUAUGAGCCGGUGAUGAGGAAAGACUUGAACUUGAGUUACGAGGAAAUUUCUGCCCAAGAAUGUUUGAUAAGUGAACGCCUGCAGUGCGGUGGGAUCAGCUCAUCGGGUUCUCUGAUCAGCCCUGUAGAGGUGAACAAAGAGAACGAAUACGAGUGUCUGGUCAUAGACUCCAGCCCUGAGGACUCUAAGCACCCUGACUCCAACCACAACCUCCCCCACUCCCUCCCUCCAACCACCGCAAAUCCAGAAGAAAAUUUCUACGAAGAUGUUCAGGUCAGUUGGUUAUGUGAUAAGCUUGACACAUUAAACGGAAGGCAGAUAGAAGACUUGGCCUUGAAAUUCCAUUGUUCAUCAUACGAUACCAGAAUCUGUUUAUCUCUGGCAUUCCAUUUAAGUAACUCAUUGUGUUAUGAAGUCCAGACGGUGUCGUUGGCCGACUCACUGGUCUACCAACAGGUGAAGUACCUUCAGCGAUCAGUGCACGAGAUCAACCAACUUCUGGAGGAGUCCAUGGAGCCGUUCACAGGAGAAGAUGUGUCGUCACUGGAGGAGGAGGAGACUGCUCUUGUGAGCCCCAUGAACAACGAGACACCGGAGGGAAUCAACCCAGUCUCAGAUAGCAUCGGAGUUUCCUCAGUGAACAUCGUAUCUUCUGGGCUUGAUCAGACCACCUCCUUCUCCAGGAAGUUUGAGGAGGCCAGGCUGGAGUCGUCAGAGAGCUUUAACACCCCUACCGUCCAAACGGAGAGUGUAACAUCGGUCUCUGUCAGCCCAUUUUUGGAGACAAAUAACAUCGUCUCGACUAAUGGGAGUGACAAAGACCUCCUCUAUGAAAAUUCCACAAUGGACGAUGUUGAGGCGAUAUCUACAAGCUAUGAGGAACCAGGUCGUAGUGUUGAAAUGCUCUAUGACAACACCAACUCCAAGUCGCCAGAAUCGCUCAGAGAAGAUCGUGUGCAGAGUAUAGAAAUGAUCUAUGACAACUCACCGACUAAAUCUGCUCAGGAUCUUCUCUUGGAGGAGCAAGCGAGGAAUGUGGAAAUGGUCUUUGAGGACUCCAGUUCCAAAUUGAUCCGAGGCUCCUCACAAGAUGUCAGAAGAAGUGUAGAAAUGCAGUUUGAAGAUUCUAACUCUAAGUCUAAAGACUCCCUCAAUGAAGAACAAGGACCGAGUGUGGAAAUGUUCUGUGACAACACCAACUCGCAAUCUCUGCAAGAAUCACUCGAGGGCCAUGAAAAAAUUGAAUCGCUCAAGCUGGAGAACAGUUCCACUAGUGACAGAGACACUGACAAGCAGAUCAACUGUCGCCUUAGUGAGAUGGACAGCAUGGAGACGUCAAGAGAGUCGCCUUCGCAGAGAGCUGGUCAAAGUCUGGACGAGAACAAACGCAAGUUUGAAUCAGAGAUUGGGAGAGACAUCGUAAGAGAGCGGAAGAUGAGACAAGAGUUGGAGGCUAAUUCCAGUAGUACUACAGGACACUCAACCUCUAGUGGACGUAACGUUCAAGAGCUGAUGUCGAGAUUUGAGUGGUCUCGUAGCGACAAGGAUUCUCUCCCUCCGUGUCUGAAGGCAAAAUUGAGUCGUCAAAACAGCAAGGACAAUACGCCCACUCUCACCACUUCACUGGACGCUUCCAGCUUCCCCUCCGAUAACCCACCUCUGACUCGAGUCAAGACCUCUCCUGACCUCAACCAGAACCAGGACCAGGCAGCACAAAAACCAGAUAACAUAGACUCCAUGGACUCUGAGGCAAUCCGGCGGGAACGAAUCGAGAAGUACAAGGAAGAGCGAAGAACGUUUCUGAGGAAGAAAUAUAGGACCGACAGCUUCAACAAUAAUGACGACAAGGAUGAAGAGAUGAUCCGAAGACUAAAAGCAAAAGCAAAUGUCCGAGCCACAGAGAAUGCAGAGGAGAUUAUGACUUCAGGGGGAGGAGAUUCUUUAGAAAGCAUGGAGUGGACCACCCGACGAUCGCCUUCUCGGAAACGAGAAGGUUCGGAAUCCAGCAACGAGCAGAUGGCUAGAGAGAAGGAACUCGAGAGUAGACUUUCCGAUCAGAAAAAUGAUAAACCAAUGAAAAAGUCACCAAGUAAAACGCUCGUGAGUAUUUCUUACUCUCCGACUAAAACGAAAGCACCGGGGUGGGAAGUGGCUUCUUCAAAAAGCAGUCAAUCCGAAAUUGAAAGGAUACCUGAUAGAAUAGUAUUUAGUGGGUCAGUUAGUUUAAGUUCAAAUUCAGAUAGUUUAAGAGACAGUAGAAACACCGGUGGUGACAAACCGAGGCAAAGGCCUGAUGACCUCAACCUGACCGGGAUAUCAACUUUGAAGAAAAAAGAUGAGAAUCUCUCACCGAAAGUGCUCGGCAAGACAGAGAGAAGGACUUGGCGUGCAGAAAAUAAUAUUCAAGAAGGCGUUGUGUGCAAGUCACCUGACGAGAGCCUAGUCCAACGAAGGGUCAGCCAACUGUCCUCGUCUUCGGGGUCAACGGAGGUCAUCAAGGGUGAGAGGAGGACUUCCUUGACAGAUCUUGUCAAACCACCAAGCACAAUUCGUCAAAGAGCGAACAGUGGGAGUUCCAAGUCACCGUCUUAUUGUAUCCGAGACAUGGCGGCCAUGUUUGAAAACAGGGACAUCAAGUAACGUUUCAGCACAGAGUAUACAUUCAGCUUUAAACCUUUCUCACCUUGUAACAUAACAGUAAAUAAAUAAUAUUAUUAGAGAAUCUAAACAGUAUAGUUCUUUGUUAACUGCUAUCACUACUAUUAUAUGAAAUAUUUGAAUCUCUUUUAAAGACUGCUGUAAGCUUAAUUGUUUGAAUAUAUAAGAUUUUAUACCAUCAUGAAUAUCAAUAAUCAAAUAAGUGUUUAAUUUUAACUAUAGUAAAUUAAUGAAAUAAUUUUGACGAAUCUGUAGAAAUUGAAGUGUACGCAUAAAACAUGUUUAAAAAAUUAAAUUUAAAUAGAGUUUAAAUUCAUUAAUUAACUAAAUUAGCAAUGUACAUGUGUUGUAUUCUAAUAAACUUUUCAUGUAUGCUAUAUAAGGCUGUUUCAUUAGGAUACAUUGUUCUUUUUUAUUAGAAAAGUUAGUUAUAUUUUCUGAGUAAUUUAAUCAUUUUAAACUUUUUAUUAGGAAAUUAAUCUAAAUAUUUAUUUAGAACGAAACCUAGUUUCUUUCAGUUACAUUAAUUGAAGUACAUUUUUAUGUUUUAAUCUGAAGUUACUCAAAUAACUAAACACCAACAACUUACCUGUGAACUGCUGUUCUAUUUUUAUAAAUUAAAUUUAUUGACAAUGUGUGUUUCAAUCUUUGUUAAGUUCCAUAAAAUUAUUGGAAAGUAUGAUAUUAUUGUGCUGUAUCGAAAUUAAAACUGUUUGUUUGUGAAAAUUUAACAUUUAUUUUCUCAUCUUAAAAUUCACUAUAAUAUUUUGAUAAAACAAAUACAUUCAAGAUAGAAUAUUUUGACAAAUUUACUUCUUAUUUGUGUUCUUUAGAUCUUUAAAGUUGGAUUGCUUUAGAAUUUCUUAAGGUUUUUUUGUAUUAAUUCUUAUUACUUUUUAAAUUAAUAAUUUUCUAGUCGUCUUGAUAUCCUUUUGGAACAUUUACCAGAUAAUUGUACAACUUGUUAAAAUCAAUUUAAUUUGUAAGACCUGACACACAUUGUUACUGCACAAAAUAGUUGCUCCAAGUGUUUUCUGACAAAAGACAAUCAAAUUUCGACCAAUUCUUUAAAACAAAUUUCGAUUUAUAUUAAUACAGAAAAUGGUCAGUGUCUAUGAAAUAUCUCUCCUCAGAUAAUGUAUUGGUGUUUAUGCUUCUCUUCAUAACCUAAUAACUAAUUAAUUUUUUUUCCAUGUCACUAAAUUUAAAAAUAAAUUCCUGGAUGCAGAUUUUUAUUUCUUUAUGCGAUUUUUUUCAAAUGUUUUUAGCUUUUGAGUGUAAAUCAAAAUCAAAAUUUUAACUUUGUUUUCAAUAUAUUUGUAUAGCUUUUUUGUAAUUGCUAGAUCAGUUAUGGAGUUAUGGAUAUAUAUUGCUAACAAAUUAAAACAUUACAAAUUAAUCAGGAAGUUUAUGAAAAAAAUGUAAAGAUAUUGCAUUUAUAUCCUCUUUUACUUAGACGACACAUGACAGCUUUCAAUCAGAUCUAUGCACUCACUUGAGCCUUAACUAACUUGAGGUUGCUAACUAUCACUUUACAAUAGUUACAGCUUUGAUCCGAACCUCCAAAAUAUUGCUAUUAUUAAGUUAAACAUUUGAAAUAUUGUAUCAACUAAUUUAUUUUACAAUGCUGUAUUCUGUGUAAAAGCGUGCAAGUGUAUAAUAUUUAGAUAACAAUUUAAAUAAAUACAGCAUUAGAAAAUGAAUGUAUCCAGUUUAAUGAGACUGCAUCCAGGAAAAUUAGUUAUUUAAGGCCUAUUAUAUUGUCUUGUUACUUAAGAAAAGAAGCCAGUGCAAGCUUGGUUAUAUAAAUAAAUUAUUAUCAGUGUUAAAUAACGAGGUAGUGUAGUUCUGCCUGCUUACAUUGUACCAUAUAAAUAUAGAGUGCCUAAUAGAUUAGCAAUGCUGUAGGCCCCUCUGUAAGUGAAAUUGUACCAACAUUUAUGUGUAAUCAUUAAUUAUAUUCUUCAUCAUAUGCCAAAUUCUGUCUACUUAGAAUAAGACUAGACAAAUAUAAUAGAAUCUAAAAUGUUAAGUUACAACUAUUAUUUAAAAUAUUUUAAUACAAUUUAAAAUGUAUAAAAUCUGUUUUGUUGAAAAGUUUUAUUUAUAAUUUAUAAUGUUUUAAACACCAAUCAAUGUCGGUGGUUAUUUCAUUUUCUGUAGCUCUUUCUUAAAGUAUAGAAAUUGCUCUAAGUAUUGGAUUUCAGUUUAGAUUUUAAAUUCAAAUAAUUUGUAUACAGAUUUAAUAUGGCAUAAUUUGAUGUGUCAAAUUUAUCCUGCGGAAUAUUCAUUUUAAAAAUAACGUAAGAAUAUUAAUAAAAGAUAUGAAAUUAUAUUAUUUUAUUUAUAAAUAAGUUGUAACAGACAAUUAAAUGAGAAGUUACUUAUUCAUCUUAAUUUGUCUUGACUUAUUUCAAAUCAUAAAUAAAUUUUCAAUUUUGAAAAUUGAAAUAAAAUAUUUUAAUAUUUCUUUUAGGUUUUUCUUAGUGUACGUUAAUUUAUUUGAUAUAUUUUCACAGUCUGAAGUUUUAUGAAAACUUUGACUGUACAAAUGAAACUUGAGCACAAUUAAUUGUGUUGAUUGGUUAAUGUAAGAUUGUAUAAAGUGUGAUAGCUUGUUGUUAAGGCUGUUAAAUGGAGAUUUUUGGAGAUUUUGUUAGUAUCGGGACCCAAAGAGAAUAUUUACAACUGUACAUAUAAAUUUAUGUAUUAACUUAGUUAGGAUAUAUCUGUGUUAAGGUUUUGUAUAUAAAUACUUAAAAAUUCGUAUAUGUGUUGCUCACCUUUGUAUAUUUAGAUUUUUGUGUUCUGUUGUUUGUAAAUUAUCGAAUGAACCAUUCAGAUUUUUGUUAUUGUUGCUAAUACUGUAAUGCGGUUUCAUUUAGUUUGUAAUUUUGUAAAAUGAACUAGUCAGUAAUAAUAUAUUACCCAGGAUAAUGUUUUUAAUAGUUAUUAUAUAAACACUAUACGAGUACUUGGAGCUUUACACUCCUGUGUUCUUUUUAUUUUCAUUAAAGCUUAUCAUCUGUAUGGAUAUGAAAUAUAUUAUAUGAUCGUUCUGACAAUAAGAUCUAAUCAUUUUUAAUGUGUAUUGACUGUUGCUACUUUUGUUCAAUAUGUUAUUGAAUCUGUUUGGUUCUUACCUAUCUACUUUGAUUACAUUUGUAAUUUGAAACCAUUAGAUAUAGUACCUGCUUAUUUGAAUUGUUUGUAUGAUUGUAUUUGUAUUAUAUGUAUUAGUAAUUUUGUUAUCUAAUUUGAAAAUUGAAUCUAACUGGAAAUAUGUUUACAAUUUUUUUAACUACACUAUGUUGUUAAUAUUUAAGUAUUGUACACAGUGAAUAAAUAAUUCUUUCGAUAA